AUGUUGGAGAAUUUUGUUCAUAUAGGAGGAUGGUGUGGUAGCGAGACAGAUGAGCAACUUCUUUGUCUUCUUCCCCUUUUGCAUGCAUUAAGAGCAGCAAGAGAUGUUCGUUGUAUAUUAGGUCUUAGAUUACUUAAACAUCCAAUGUUGCAGCCUCCAGCACAGAGCCUAAUGGAGAUGCAGCAGCAGCAGCAGCAGCAGCAGCAGCAGCGUCAGCGUCAGGAGCGUAAUUACCUAGCAGUGCAGCAACAGCAGCGUACCCAUCACCACCAUCAUCAUCACCACCAUCAGCAGCAGCAGCAGCAGCAGCAGCAGCAGCAGAGCUUCCGGCUACCUACCUUACCUAUUACUGCUAUAGAGGCAUGCAGGAGAGCUGUAGGUACAGCCCAAUCCUUUGUUGCUGCUGCGCCGCAGUUAGUAGGGGAGCUGCAGCAGCUAUGGCAGCAGCAGAUGGGUGUAUGUAUAGCUAGUAUAGGAUUAACAAGCCAGCAAGAGGAAGAGGAACAGCAGCAGCAGCAGCAGCAGCAGCCGCAGCAGCAGCAACGGCAGCAGCAAGGUGCUACGAGCAGCAGACAACAAGGAGAUGCUGUGCAGCAACAAAGAAGCAGACAGCAGCAACAAAGACAACAGAGGCAGCAGCAACAAAGGCAACAGCAGCAAAUGAGAUAA